AUGGCUUCUCCAAAGUCGUUCAUUUUCAGACCCUCCUUACAAGAAAUCAAAGCUUGCUCUGCUGCAGUCAGGGUGGCCAACAUUCCAGGAUUAAUCAGAGGAGCUCACGGCAAUCGUGGAUUGGGACAUGCUUUUUUGUGCCACAUAGAGCCCAUGAAAGUUCUUGCUUAUGUGGUCAACUUGGCUGCAGCAUUUGGUGGUAGAAAAGGAAUCCAACCAUGGAAACAGCAGACGGAUUUAAUUUUGGAGCUUGAAUUUUAUUGUGGUGGUUUGUCAAAUCGUCCAUCCUUAGUAGUGGUGAAUAAAAUUGAUGAGGCAGGGGCUGAACAAGUCUAUGAAAAAUUAAAAAGAAGAGUGCCUGGUGUCCGUAUUUUUCCAGGUUGUGCGGUUUUGGAGGAGGGGAUACCAGAGCUAAAGGGUGGUCUUAGAAUGCUUGUGAAUAGUGGAAAAUCACACAAACUUAAUAGGCUGUAA